UCAAAUAUGGCCCCCUCCUUCUCGGUGUGAGAGCAACGACAUCUGACAAAGGAAAGGAAUCUGUCAAAAAAAGAGGACGGCUCGGGUCCAUUGAACGCCGCGCCGCCGUGCAGACAAACACCGCACGCAUGCGGGCAUCCUUUGUGAGUGAAAAGUGGCUGCUAAAUGGAUGAAGUGUGCCAGAGAGAGGAAAUGACGGAAGAAGGCCUUCAUCGUGGCAGACCAUCUGCUCAGAGCAACCCGGUCUCCGUCCCUGUGAGCCCCCACCCCGCAGCCACGCUGAUCAACCCGGUGCUCGUGGAGUCCUCCGUGGUUUUCGCCAUGUUGCUGUGCGUCCACAUGGCGGUCUGGAACCAGCAUUCCUGGUGCAUCAUAGCCCUCUUCAUCCAGGCGUUCUACGCGCAGCACAAAUGGGACCGCCUGCUCCGGUCGGGGGGCGCCGUCUUCCAGUUCCGCCCCUCGGCGAACAGCGGCAUCGUCCCGGCCUCCAUGGUGAUGCCCCUGCUGGGCUUGGUGCUGAAAGAAAAGUGCUCCGCCUCGGGGAAUGUCUACUUUGAGCGCUUCUCCAUGGUGGUCACCAUCACCGGCAUGAUGCUGGCCCUGUUCCUGUCGCUGAUCGCGCUGGGCAUCACGAGACCCGUGCCCACCAACACUUGCGUGAUCGCCGGUAUGGCCGGUAGCGCAAUCCUCUACACGGCGAAACAGACGCUGACGGUGUCCGAGGUCAUCGAGGUCCUGGAGGUGCUGUUGAUCUUCGUCUAUCUCAGCCUGAUCGUGCUCUACCUGCUGCCGCGCUGCCUCACGCCCGGCGAGGCGCUCCUCAUCGUCGGCGGGAUCAGCUUCAUCGUCAACCAGCUCAUCAAGCGCUCCCUGAACCUGGCCGAGGUCAAAGGGGACCCGGUGAACUAUUUCCUGCCGGUCGUCGUGGUGGGCUCGCUGUUGCUGGGCGUCUUCUUCGCCCUGCUCUUCUGCUUCAUGGAGUCCGAGACCUGGGUGUCGUCCCUCUUCUUUCACAUGAUGACGGCCGUCCUGGGUCUGGGCAUCCUGAUGCCGUGGCUCUCCCUGUUCAUCGGCCGCCACCCCAUCAUGUGGCUGCUGGACUUUGUCACGCUAAACGACCGGAGACUUUAUCUGCUGGGUUACUGGCUGUUUCUGGCCGCCGUGGCCACUUGCGUCGUGUUGCACCAGAACUACCAGCGCCAGGCGGGCUCCAAGAAGCACCAGGCGUCCACCGUCGUCCGGAAGUACUUCCACCUGAUCGUGGUGGCCACGUACGUUCCGGGUCUGGUGUACGACCGGCAGCUGCUCCACGUGGCGUCCGUGGGUUGCUUGGCGAUUUUCUUGUUCCUGGAGUACGUGCGUUACUUUCGGAUCAGGCCGCUGGGUCAGCUGCUCCGGCAGCUGCUCACCUUGUUCCUGGAUGAGCGGGACUCCGGGCCUCUUAUCCUGACCCACGUGUACCUGCUGCUCGGCAUGUCCCUGCCCAUUUGGCUGUUCCCCGGGCCCUGCGCCCCGAAGGGGAUACUACCCGGUGCGGGCGGCCUUGUGCCGUACGCGGGCGUGCUGGCCGUGGGGGUCGGGGACACCGUGGCGUCGAUGUUCGGCAGCACCAUGGGGGAGAUCCGUUGGCCCGGCACGAAGAAAACCGUGGAGGGGACCGCGACGUCCGUGUUCGCCCAGAUCAUCGCCGUGGCCAUCUUCCUCAUCUUCGACGGGAGCAUCAAUCUGAACUCCACGUACUCGUGGAUUGUCGGCUCCAUCACUCUGGUGGCCAUGCUGGAGGCCUACACCACCCAAAUAGACAACCUCCUGCUCCCACUCUACCUCUUCAUCCUGCUGUUGCUUUGACUGAACGGAAGAAGAAAAAAACAACUUUCUUUUGUGUCCUUAAGCUCUUUCAAAAAGGGGAAGAUUAAUGAGUUUUGGGGGGGGGGGGGGGGGGGGGGGGGGGGGAGAAAUAUGAAGAAAAAAAUCUCAGUGGACCGAUCAGCACAAGAAAAAUAAUAGUAAAUAAAUCGUCUCCUUACUUUUUACGUGGCGGCAGACAUGACGUCGGUCGUCUGUGGCCCCCUCAGAUUACGUCGUUCGCUUUUUGAGGAACGAGACGAUCGUUUCAGAAGAACUCGCCAACAAAGUGUGAGUGACAGCUGCUGAUCCCUCCCCCCUCCCGUCGUGUCCCUUGUUUUUUUUUUUUGCAAACAGGAUACACACCUCUGGAUUGCCUUUUGAAGAACACAAGUUAAAAGUUGGCUUAUCGAUAUCUGUUUCUUAAUCAACGUUUUUUUUUUUGGUUCUGAGGUUACGUCGCCUCCUCCCAAUUGCAAUAUAAAGGACUUACUGCUGAAAGUAUUUGCCUUAAGAAGUAUAUUUUCUAUCUACUGUUGUAGAUGAAAGCAUGACGGCCCCAGUCAACUCUCCUAAGGGCUGAUUUAUAUUUCAGUAUGGCAGAAACUCGCUAUGCUCUCUUGCAUGACACUAAUGUGACAUUCAGUACUGUAACAUGUACACAAGUACCCUGCAGUAUAUUUUAGUUUGAUGGGACCCCUUAAAAGGUACACUUGAUAUACACAUUUCCUUGUGACACUGAGCUGUCAAACUCUGCAUAAUUCUGGAGUUUGUAGAUAUGCUUUGGGCCCAAAAAUUAUGUUUAUAGCAUCUUUCUUUUGCACCAACUCAUCCAUUUCUAUUAAAUAUUUUGCUCCUCGGAAAUAUCCACAAAUGCCAUCAGGUUUCAUCUCAUCGUUCUUGGAUGAGGAUGCUUACUUCACCGCCUUAAUGUUUAUGUUUAUCUGCAAGUUAUUAUUUUUUUUUUUACAUCAAUUAAUUAGCAUGUUCCUACUAUUAUGUUUUUUUUUUGCAAUCAUCCUUACAUUAAAAAAAAUAUAUAUAAUAUUGCAUGUUGAGUGCAUCAAUGAAGAAAGAUAAAAUUGACAUGCCUCCUUAUUUUUAGUCAAAUUGUUUGACACAUAUUUUAAUGAUUCAGAAGCGAGACUCAGUGGCUGAAAACACACAUUAAUCCUUUUGGUUUGAUUAUUUUUUUAAUUAACAUAAAAGGUGUAUUGUGGUUGAUGAUCAUUGACGCAUACGAUUUAAUUGCUUUUUAUUCAAGUUGCAUCUUGAACAUGAACAUACUUGAAAAAUAAUGCUUACUGUUGUCUGUAAAAAAAACAAAAAAUAUAGGAAUCUGCCAUCUUGUUUUGAAUUUAAAGAAGAAGAAAAAAUGACCUUGGAGAAGAAUAAAGUUGUUUAAUGACAUUGUU